UUAGUAUGGUAGUAUGCAGCUUCGGCCUCAGAGUUGAAGCCCCGCCCCUACUUCCCCUCAGCGAUCCCAUAAUUCAGUGCGUUCCUCCAUUCUUUCAAGGGGAUCCUGCUUUAAGGACGUGCCAGUUGUGGACCUGCCACUGAGUUUUGAUCAAAGAUGGCUGAGGUAAUUGAAGACAAGAUUAAGAGUUACAGAACUGCUCCGUUUGAUGCCCGAUUUCCCAACACUAACCAGACACGAAACUGCUUCCAGAACUACCUUGAUUUUCACAGGUGUAAUAAGGCACUGUCAGCAAAAGGACAGGACAUUACUCCCUGCGAAUGGUAUCAGAGGGUCUACAAGAGCCUGUGCCCUAUCAGCUGGGUUGAGAAGUGGGAUGGACAGGUUCAGGAUGGAAGCUUCCCUGGAAAGAUCUGAACAGCCUGUGGUCGCCUUUUUUUUUUUUAGAUUACCUCAUUUAUUAAACAUGUUAACUUUGUUUAGCUUGAGUGCAUGAGAAGUGACCAAGUCAUGACAUCUUGUGACCUUUGACCCACACCUUUAAAUGGUUCACACUGAUCAGUUUUGUCACUUUGUCUUAUUCAUUCUGGUUACAUAAUAAAGACGCACAAUGUUAAUUA